CAAUGUGGCUGUCAGCCAGCCUUGCUCGAAAUAACGGUGACGCUGCCAUCUCGCAUUCGCCCUCGCAUUCGCACUGGACAGGGAUAUGAAUAGCCUGCCCGCCCAAUCUCACGGGUUUCAAGUUCAGAGUACGACCAGAGAAAUAACAAACGCAAUGGUGUCCAAACGUGUUUACGACCUGUGCCAGGCAAGGGAAACAGUGAGCUCGGUCCUGGCAAAGGAUCCAACUCAGGCACCAGGUGAUGUUGUGAAGAGAUUAUACGGCCAUGGCGAAAAUCGCCUCCAUCAAGACGAAUCCGACAAAGACGUUGCAGCCUCAUCCGCCGAUGCACUAGAAGCAGCCUUCCAAUGUGGUCGCUGGGGCCUUACAAAGCCAAGCCCUCUCUUCUUGCAAGCAUUCGCCGACGCCUUGGAUUGUUUGGACGCAGAUCCCAUGUCAGGAGUUGUCUCGCCGCCAUUGCUGGGAUCCCAAGGAACGGUGCCGCUUACUAUCAUCGCACCUCUGGCCGAUGUCAUUCGCCACUGCUCGAAUCUCAUUGUCCGCGCGGAGAGGGAAGUCUUCUUCAUCACCUGCUCGUGGUCUCCAUCGAUAGCCCAGCGACUCCUCAAGAAUUCUCUGAUAGAGCUUUCGAGGCGCGCUGGAAAAAGAGGGCAACGAGUCGUGGUCAAGAUCAUGUACGACAAGGCGAGCCCAGCAAACGCUCUCAAUCCGCACCAAACAGUUCAUCCGCAAACAUACUCGUCCAAGUCGAUCGACCUCCCCUUGCCCGAAGAAAUCCCCCAUCUCGACCUCGAGGUUGUCAGCUUGCACAGGCUGGUUCUUGGCACCCUGCACGCUAAGUUCUGCAUUGUCGAUCGGAAGAUGGCCACGAUAAUGAGCAACAAUAUGGAGGACAAUGACAACAUGGAGAUGAUGGUGCAUCUCGAAGGACCCAUCGUGGAUAGCAUAUACGACACGGCGCUGAUUACAUGGAGUAAUACUCUACAUCCUCAACUCGCUUGCCGCGAUGCUCCAGCAGCUGAAGGUGGUCUGGCCAUGUCCGACGGGCACCCCGAUCACGUCUCUAGUCGAAGCCAAGCUGAGAUUGCCGCCGAUGGUGAGCAGGCUGCUUUACCAGAACACACACCGGAUCAUCCUCACUACGACAGCGAUCUCGACGGGGAGAUGAGGCGGGUACAGUCAUGCUAUUCUACCAAGCCUGGUGAAACCCGUCUACAAGCAGUAAACGCAAGACUUAACCAAGCAGCGAAGAACCCCGUUGAACCAACUGGUCCUGAAAUCGAGGAUGGGAAUGAAAUGACGCCCUGCAUCCAUACCGCUUCCGACCAUCCUGUCCCCAUGGCCCUGGUAUCUCGUCCCCCGUACGGAUGGAUCGACUCAAAGAGCAUCCACGUUCCCCAAAACGAAGCCUGGCUCUCGCUCAUCCGGAAUGCCACAAGAACCAUAUUCAUCCAAACGCCAGACCUCAAUGCUGCACCUUUAGUACCUGCCCUUGCUGCAGCGCUGAAACGAGGCGUCCAAGUCACAUACUACGUGUGUUUUGGUUACAACGAUUGCGGUGAGAUGAUUCCAGGGCAAGGUGGGACCAACGAUCAAGUUGCGAAAAGCCUUGUUGCGUCCCUCCCACAGGAUGGGCCGGAACAUGAUCUGUUGCACAUAUACAACUACGUCGGCAAAGACCAGGACCAUCCUAUUCAUCAGUCGUCUAAAUCACGCUCUUGUCACAUCAAGCUCAUGAUUGUCGACGAAUGCGUAGGUAUUCAAGGUAGUGGCAACCAAGACACACAGUCUUGGUUCCACAGCCAGGAAAUAAACGUCAUGGUUGACAGUCCAGAGACAUGUGCGAAGUGGAGGGAGGGCAUCGACCGGAACCAAAACACCAAAGCCUAUGGGCGAGUAGCCAAGGACGGAAUCUGGAGAGAUAGCCAGGGGAACCCUGGAAAAGGCUAUAUGGGGGAUCCGGGGCCGGUCGGGGGAUUAGUCAAGGGCGUUGCGGGAAUGGUAAUGAAGAUGAAGGCUGCAGGAAACUUGUAGAUGUUUAUCAGAUGGCCCUCAGCUAGCUAUGGC